AAAUGAUACCUUAUCGAAAUCUUUCCACAAUGGUCGCACAGCUUAUUUGAGUAAAUUAAAUAAACAUUCUUUAGAUUGUUUUUACAUAAUCGAAACCUUCUCAUCAAUAUGGUAAAAUCCGUUUCAUGCCUCACACUUUUAACGGCACUUGCCUUAACAACAAGUGUUAUAUCAACAGGGUACGCGGUGUUUUAUGAUGACGAUAAUUGUCAAGACAAUCCAGGUAUUGCUGUCUCCGCUGAAAAUCCCGGAUGCUUGGAGGAGCCAGGGCGUGGAUCAAUCAAAUUUCAUGGUACCGGUAGCCCAUUCUUUGAACAAACAUCGCUGGUUAUCACUCCACAUGACAGUUGCAGUUGUCAGUCUCAGUGUUUAGGGGCACUCGUAACCGGUGGAGAGUAUGACGCUGCGGGAUGCGUAAAACUGCCUAAAGGUGGCUACUCUUAUCGUUUCAUUACGAGUGGUUGUGAUCCAAACAAUUGCGUCGCUUAAUAAUAUAUAACACAUGUUAC